AUGCCGAUAGCACACUGGUUCUCGCUCUCCAAGACGCCAUUCCUCGCGCGAUCCUCGCAUUGCUUGUCUGUAACGAAGUCCGGGAUCCUCAUCGUGUACGGAGGAGAGCUCAAGCCCCGCACGCCGAUCGACGCGGGAGUGGGCCGCGAUGCUACUCCCAGAGGCUCGCUUCACGUCGCGCUUCCUCAACCACGGGUAGGCGCAACCACCGUCUGGCUCAAUGAUGCUCUGUACUUGUGGGGAGGCCGAGGAGGAGAGGACAUGACUCCUCUGGAUGCCCAUCAAGUUGGGGUCUGGAAGGCGACUAUCAAUGCCUCCGAGGGCCCACAGCAGUCCGUACGAUGGGAGCGAAUUGUUGCGACGAACGAGGACCAGGCACCGGAGUCCCGUAGUUACCAUGCGUCCGUCGCUCUCGGGGGCAACAUCUACAUCCACGCGGGCUGCCCGACGAGUGGCAGGCUCAGCACACUGCACGCGUUUCAUGUCAAGGAUUACUCAUGGAAGGUCCUCGCGUCCGCCCCUGAGCCAGGUCGCGGAGGCACCUCACUUGCUGCAACGACCGUAGCUGGGAAAGACUUGCUCUUGCGUUUCGGCGGCUUUUGCGGUCAGCAACUUCCGAGCGCGGCUGGUGAGGUAGACAUUUAUAUCAUUGCUGAAGACAAAUGGGUGACUGUCCAACCCACCGCCGACCCCGUACUCGGGAGCCCUGGACCGCGCUCUGUUGCCGGCUUCGCGCACUUCCAAUCUCCUUUCCCAGCCCUAUCAAACUCUGUCGCGGUUCUCUAUCACGGAGAGCGCGAAGCCAGCAGCCAGGGCCAUGCGGGUGCAGGGCAAUUUUGGGACGAUGUCUGGGUGCUUUUGAAGGAGGGCGAUGACGUGCUCAACGGCUGGCAAUGGCAGCAGCUCGAGGUCUACUCCGACGAUCACCUCCCGGAGGGUCGUGGCUGGUUUCCACCUGCAGCAUGGGUGGAUGGGCACGGGGAUACGAAGCUUGUGCUCUUUGGAGGUCUCUUGUCGUCGAAUGAGCGAUCCGACGAGCUUUGGGAGCUCGAGAUUAACUGAUAGACAGGGUUCGUCGCGAACAUUGCGUUUGUGUAUCAAGUUACGUCGUACAUGUGCGCCGCGUCAGGGCCGAUCAGCUAUUUUUAUCUUCAAACCCUGUGGUACGCGAGGAGAAUCACGUUGUGUAUGGUUGAGAUGUUGAGAUGUUAUGCGGCCGGUGAUCGCCUGUGCCUCAUCGC